AUGUCCAAAGAUUAUGACGACGAAUUGGAAGAUCUCGAUGAUUUCCUUGAUGAAUUCGAGGACUCUGCUCCAGUAAAACCAGUGGUGGCACCUGUAACACCUACCCCACCCGCCCCCGCGGCUGAGAAGGAGGCCCCGGUUAAAGAACAAAAGCCUUCAUCAACAACACCGGCUGCUGCCGCUACUGCUACUACCGCUGAUUCUGCUGCUUCUGCUUCUGCUUCAGUAGACGAUCUAGAGGCUGAGUUUGCUUCGAAAAUCAAUCUGGGUAUGGAUUCGCUGAUAAAGGAACUUGAAGAAUCGCCAGAAGCCCAAGAACAGUUUCAGAAAAUGAUGGAAGAACUGGCUGGAGCCAUGGCCACCGAGGCGGCAGCUGCACCUGCUGCACCUGCUGCUUCUGCUGCUUCCAAACCAGAGACUGCACCUAAGGCUACAACAGCUGCUAAGCCCGCCAGUUUUCAAGACACAAUUAAUCAAACAAUGAAUCGACUAAACGAGUCGAAGCAAGAAAUUGACGAAUCGGUGAAAAAUAGCGAGACUGAUGACUUUAUGGCGAAAAUGUUGAAGGAACUCGAGUCUGCCAUGGGCAAUACUACUGCUGGAUCUGCACCAGCUGGUGAGGGCGAUAUUUUAAAGAUGUUUGAGGAGAUUCUCGACAGUAUGGCGUCCAAGGAUAUUUUGUACGAGCCCAUCAAAGAGCUCAAUGAAAAGUACCCCGCAUGGAUUAAAGACAAUUCCAGCAAAGUAUCUAAGGAAGAUUUGGACCGGUACACUCUGCAGUACACGGCCGUCCGUGAGAUGGUGGUUAAGUUUGAGACUUCGGAUUAUAGCGAUAACAAUCCUGCACACAAAUCAUACAUUACAGAACGGAUGCAAAUUAUGCAAAACUCAGGCAACCCGCCACCAGACCUGAUGACAGAUUUACACUCGAGUAUUCUUCCUAACCUUGACUUGGGUCUGGAAAACCUGGGCGAUGAAGAUAAUUGCAAUACACAAUAG